AGCUUUAUUGUCGUGCAGGCCGUUGAGAGUAAUGCUAAUGUAUGGCCAAGCAGCAACCGCCCAUCUAGCAAUCAUUAUUCCACCAUCAGUCAACAUCUACGUUUUAGUUGUAUAACUUUGAAGAGAUUUUUCAAUUGAAACCGCGGUUGUGCUCGUGCUUCCGAGGAGUUCCCACCAAGAACCGCGAUCAAGAAGAUGUUGUGCGGGUUGCUUGGUACCCUUCCGCACUGGCUAGUACAUGGUGGGUCCCUUUUUCUCGCAGCGUUUCUUCCUUUGGACAGCUUUUCGCUUGUUCCCAAUGAUCCUUUAUCGGCGGACCACGUCGCGGAUGCGGAUUGGCAGUCGAGCAUGUGGUUCCGGUUGUUUCUGUUGUGCAUCAUUGACGCGUUGGGGAUGAACCGGCUUUGGGGAGAGCGCGUGCACCGCCGAUGCCUCCACCACGUAGAGAAAAACGUGCUGAACCCUUCCCGGCAGCCCUUUCUCCGGAAGCUGCGCCAGUUCCAGCCGGUACAAAUAAAUUGAUUGCAAGGAGGAUGUCAUGAUGAUGUGAAAAAUGUCGUGUUGCUUCGACAGAUGAGUCGCGAUCUUGCCCAUCUGCACGACAAAGCGUAAAAGAACUGAAACGUAAAAAUAUCAGGUCCAGAAGUACCUAGCCGCUCUGCAAAAACUGGACUUGAGCUACGGCGACCGCGCGGCAGGGGGCGGGAACCGCUGGAGCAUCAUAUCGCGCUUGUCGGUAGCCCAGUACAGCCCAAGAGCGACCAUCUACUACGAUGCGAUGAAUGUCGAGACAAAGGAGCUUGUGGACGCAAUCGGUACUACCUCAUAAUUUAAAUUUUGUUUGCUCUAGUAUUUCUAGUUCGGAAGUCUUGAAUCAUACACUAUAUUGGCAGUGUUGGCGAUGAUCUUCUUGAACUAUAGAAACGUGACGUGGACGCCAAUGCCUUGUUGUGCCCCCGGUCAAUAAUGAAAAAAAAAUGUUCUUACUACAGGUGCCGAAGUCGCUCACGAGCUGGAGAACCACAUCGGGGAGAAAAUUUUUCUGUCGCCCAAGACAUCUAGCUUCCGUGCCUGCAUUUUGCGAUACGAAGGAGAGGCGUCGGAAUUUCCGUGGCACUACGACACCGAGCAUCCGUCGUGCUACCGCGCUUUGUUUCUCUUUCACAAAGAGGGUGAGCAGCAAUUUGUUGUGUUUUCAAUCUCGCCAUUGCACCAGCAUCAGUAGCUCCAGUACUCAUCAAAAGAAAAGCUUUUUUGAGUAGAGCACUUGAGAUGUUGGCACGCGCACGACUUGCGAAUGCUACCGAUGAAGUCAACUUUUCAACCCGGGUUGAAACUUUCCACCCCAGGUUGAAAUUUAGGCAGAGUAUUCAAUUUUCCAACCCCGGUUGAGAAUUUUCGACUCAAGUUCUAGUCCAUGAAGCAAGAACAUGACACAGAAAAUUCUUACUGGAUGAAACCACACGACCCCACGACAUUUCAGGUAAUAUCUCGCCGCUGCAGUAUUAUGACAGCAACCAGGAGCUGCAAACGUACCAUCAAGAAGUCAGUGACGGUUGGAUCUUCAAGGGCACGUCCACGCUGCAUCGUGUGCCCCGGAACGACGACCCGAGUAGUAAGCGCUACAUGCUGGGCUUCCAGUUCGCUCCCGAGCCUAGCCUGAUUGACUCGCACAUUUCGAUUUGCAGCACGCUGCGGCAGGCCACCCCGGCGAAAAUUUUGUGGGAGUUUGCGCCCUGUUUCUUCAUCUGCUGGUUCGCCGUGCUUUUCGGACACACGAGCAGUUUGAAACAAAGCUUCCAAAGGGUGUUUCUCUUCUACCUCUCGGAUGAACAAAAAACUAGUAGUUUAUCGCGGGGGUUGCAGGAUGAACAAGCGUGGUGGACGGCGUCCCGGACCGUUUUGUUCUACACCAGCGUCAUGGUCACCGUGUGCAGCAUGUUCCUCCCCAGCGUGCUCGCGCAGUACAUCUCUGUGCGGCCCGAUGAGUACGAGACCGGUAGCACAACAACUGCGGGCUCGACCUGUCCCUCCUCCGACGACGAGACGGAAGUAGAGCAGGACUUAAUGCUGUUGUCGUCCCGUGAAAUAAAUGCUGUUGCGAACGACAAAACAUCUACGAGAAACAGUAACAAAGUUGGGAAACAAGAAAUUGUAGUGAAUCGCACGGUAUCGAACGUCGGUGAGACCUCCGCCUCCAACCUCCUCAUCCCCGGUGCGAGCGCUAGCGCACGAAGCUUGAUGCCCGAGAGAACCCUAGAGAGCGAGUUGCAGCACCAGCAGGAGCUGCGGUGCCGGGCGAACACAAAUAACAGAUCAUCUUCUACUCCUGCGGGGACGACCACAACCCGGUACGGACCGACACUCCUCCAGGACUUCGGGUCGCCUGGCAGCACGAAGUGCAGUACCUUCGAUUCCAGCGCGACAUGCUCAACAACAGCGAGGAGCAGGUCAUCAUCAAGCAAAAGCUGCAGAAAACAAGGACCACCUCCUGUUGCACCAACGGCAAGAACGACAACGACUACGACAACGGCGACUUCUACUACAACAAUAAAAUCCAGCUCUUCCUGUUCCGGGCAACAGCCGCAGCCAUCGUCGCAGAACCAGCAAUUAUCGGCGACAAAAACUACUACCGCAUCGGGACUCUUUUGGUCCUUUCUCGCGGCCACGACGGGUGUGCCGGAAAAGCGGUACUGCGGCGACCACCGGCCGUUUAUCGGUACGGGGAUGAACAAGUCUGUUGGCACCCUUGCGCGCAUGUACCUCGGUUGCGUGCUCUCUGCCGUUGACCUCCAAACCGGCUUCUACUUCAUGGCGUACCUGCUCGGUACCGAAAUGCUCCUACCAAAUAGCAUGGUCGGUUACGUGUAAGCUAGUGAAUUAUACAACAUAGGAAUAUGAUCAAUCACUUUCACUGUAUCUUCCUGUUGCUCAUCCUCCCAGCUUCCACGGGAGAAACGAAAUUGAAUCCGAAUCGCGAAUAAAAGUCGACGGCCGCGAUUUUUCGCGAUCGCCUUUCCGCAACUACGCUUUGCUUUUUGGUUCUCACAAAUUUUUAUUCAUGUCGUUGCUUUUCUACCUUUCAAAACAAAGCAAAUCUGUUCCGACGUCCGAGCUACUUCACCACUCACAGAUAACGAAAUUCAAAUUUCUCGUGCGGUACGAAGAAAAAAAAGCUUCUCCGCGAGGAUGGCAAACUACGUGUAAGUACAUAUGUCAGAGCGUAUAAUUUUCCCACUGUCGUGUUAUGGAGGUUUAUCUUGUUUAUCGUUAUCUUUUUUUCAAUUUUCAGAUGAAGAAAUGGAAAUGCGGUUGCAGGUGGGGCUCCCGACGAGGUGCAUCCCUCGCAAGUGA